AUGCAUUGGGCCAAGCACACCUGCGCCCUGAUACCAGCAUUCAUGGUCCUCUUCUGGAUCUUCAUGUUUGCCUUCUCCAGGGCCUUCAUGCUCUACUCGGAGUACCAGGCAGAGAUCGCCAGGCUCAACGACGACGCAUGGCUCCGGGUCAAGUGCAAGGACCCGGAGUUCUUCCACAACAUCAAGCAGCACACCGACCUCUGCCUCAAGGUAGAGCAGAACGCCAGGAAGUCCUGCCUCCUCGUCGCCCUCAACACCGUCGCCUCCACCACCUACCUCUGCGGCUACAGGAGCUGCGCCGACUACCUCACCGACGCCGUCCUCUGGGUGAUGGGCUUCGGCCUCCCCGCCGUACUCCUCAUCUCCGUAUGCCUACUCCUCUUCCCCACGGUGCUCUACCCCGUCUACUCCUCGUACCUCAACCGUAUGGCCGACCGCAGAGUCAUGGCCCUCUACAACGCACCCUACGGGAUGGAGCACUACUCCGCCUCCCACCCCAGGCUCGUCUACCCCGUCAUACAGGACAUGGAGGAUGCGAAGAAGUUGGAGCUACGCCGACUGAUGAUUCACACUGAUGUGAUUCACACUGGGUUUCUUCAGCUCCCUGGAACAGAUAUCCGAGAGCUUGACCUCCAUGAUGUUGCGGAGGUUCUUCCUGAUAUCCUCCUUGAGGUUCACCUGCGCAUCGAGAAGAGAGAGGAUCUGCAGGCACUCUUUCACCUCAGAGAGGCACGACUCCUGAGGUUCGUCUACGCUUCCCGAGGCUGA